UGUAUAAAAGAGCAGUCUACCACGCUUGCUCCCGAGUAAACCGGCUCAGAGUGGUUUCAAGAAAUUACACUGUACCUCUAUAUAACAUAUCCCUGGAUUAUUUUGGAAUCAUUUGAUCUAUCUACGUUGUUGCUGCAAGUACUCUUGUACCAUGAAGGGUUUGGAAUUUACACUAGAUACUGCAAAAAUGAAGAAGGAAGAUGCAGAGUCUUCUAAGAGUUGUUCUUCUGACGAUUCCAUUGUCCAGGAGAAGAAACAAAUCCAGGAUAGGGAUGGCUGGAAGGGGCGACUGGACUUUAUUAUGACAUGUAUAGGGUACGCCGUAGGACUGGGGAAUAUUUGGAGAUUUCCUUACCUUUGUUACAAAAGCGGCGGUGGUGCUUUCUUCAUUCCUUAUAUAAUGUUUCUAGUCCUUUGCGGGGUACCUCUGUUCUUUAUGGAAGCGUCUUAUGGACAGUUCUCUAGUCUUAGUCCUAUUUCAGUAUGGAGAAUGUGUCCACUGUUCAAAGGUGUUGGAGUGGGGAUGGUAAUGGUGUCUGCAAUCGUGUGUAUAUACUAUAAUGUGAUUGUGGCCUGGACGUUGUAUUUUCUGUACAUGUCCUUUCGGGCUGUUUUGCCUUGGAGUACAUGUGAUAAUGACUGGAAUACGGAAAACUGCGUUGUUGGAAUAGGAAAUGUUCACAAUCCAACUCGGACUAAUGCUUCAGCCUUCUCUCUUGGGAAUUCUACUUUCUAUAAUGCCAGUUCUUUGUUUAAUGGGACGAUGGCCGCAAUGGCGAACGUUACGGCAAACGCUACGGCGAACGCAACGGCUCUUGCCAGCAAAAAGAUGUCAGCGAGCGAGGAGUUCUGGACACGACACGUUCUAGAAAUAACUGAAGGAAUAAACGACCCGGGUACCAUUCGUUGGCAGCUGUUGAUCUGCUUGACUUUGGCGUGGGUCACCGUGUUCCUGUGCUUAUUUAAAGGGGUCAAGGUUUUAGGAAAGGUGAUGCAUUUUGCAGCCCCUUUUCCUUAUCUAGUCUUACUCGUAUUACUAAUCAGAGGGGUAACCCUACCUGGUGCUUUGAACGGCAUUAAAUUCUACAUUUUACCGAAAUGGGAGCGGUUGACAGACUACCAGGUGUGGGGAGAUGCAGCGUUACAGAUAUUCUACUCAGUGGGCAUGGCAUGGGGAGGAAUUAUUACUAUGGCCAGUUAUAACAGAUUUAGCAAUAAUAUUUACAGGGAUGCAAUGUUGGUACCUAUAAUAAACUGCGGUACCAGCAUAUUCGCAGGUUUUGUGAUUUUUUCCAUUUUGGGAUUCAUGGCAGAGUCCGCCAAUACAACAGUUGAAAAAGUCGUUAGUCAAGGGCCUGGUUUAACAUUUGUUGCCUAUCCAGAAGCUGUUGCUAACCUCCCUAUUUCACCUAUGUGGGCAGUCCUGUUUUUUCUGAUGUUAUUCACCAUUGGUUUGGACAGCCAGUUUGGUAUGGUUGAAACCUGCAUAUCAGCAUUUUUGGACGAAUAUCCACAUUUAUUGCGAAAGAGAAGAACACUGAUUUGCUUCAUAGCCUGUCUUUUUGAGUUUCUGAUGGGCCUUCCUUGCAUUACACAGGGUGGAAUUUACGUUCUGCAGAUUAUGGAUUGGUAUUGUGCAAGCUUCUCGUUAAUGCUUAUCUCUUUGACAGAAUGUCUUGCAAUUGCAUGGAUAUAUGGCACAGAUCGAUUUUACAAAGACAUUGAGUUAAUGCUUGGACACAAACCUCAUGCCAUUUGGCAUAUAAUGUGGAGAUACAUUACACCAACUAUAAUCUUGGGCAUUUGGUUAUUCAGCGUGAUCACUUUAGGACCAGUCACUUACGAUGGGAAAGCAUAUCCUACAUGGGCCAUAAUUUUUGGAUGGUGUCUUGGUAUAGCAUCAAUGCUUCCUAUUCCAAUUAUUGCCAUCACAUCAUUAUUACUUUCUGAAGGAUCACUUCGUGAGAACUGGAAAAAGUUAACAACCCCCUUAGAUAGUUGGGGGCCCAGUCAGCCUGAAGAUAGAGAGAGAUACCACGCCUCUUUAUCACAUUCAAAAAGUGGUUUAUUUAUUGAGAUAAAAACAGAGGAGGCAAAUGCCUCAACACCUUUCAUUGAGAAAGGAAAACCAUCAAGUUGACUCUGAAUGAAUAUGUUCAAACUAUUAAUUUUUCUUUAAAAGAUAAGGAGAAAAACUCCCAAGAAAACACAAAAUAAUUUGUGCCAUUCAGGCAAGAUUUUCAGGAGUUGUAUGUGCAUAUAUAUAUAAAUUAAAAUAUAUAUAUUUGUAUGACGUUUUAUCCUUAAAGUCGUUGAAAUAUUCCUCAAAAGCUUAUGUUGUUAUAAGAAAUAUCAAAAUCAUGCCAAGAAAAUCCAAACAUGCAAGUUGUCAAUACAUAUAAUUAAUUGGCGCUUUGUAAGAUAUUACGUCAGUCAUAGUGUUAUUAUUUACAAUGUACAAUGUGAGUUUGUGUUGGUAGAUUUAGGAAUGGCUAGCUAGUCUGUUGUUUAUUUUGAUAUUAAGGAAUAUAACAACAUAUUGUAUUCUUUAAUUUAGUUUCAUAUAUUUUUUUUGCUUUUUAUAAAAGCAUGUUUUUAAAUACAUGUACUCAAAUUAUGAUUCAGCUAUGAUAUAGCACCAAUUUUGUUUUUUUUCUUAUUGUUAUAGCUUGAUAAAAAAGAUUUUUGCGUUCCAUAAAUCAUUUUACAUCAGCCAUAUACUUGUAUGAGUCGAUUCUUCCUAUUAUGGGACAGUAUUGCUAAAUUAUGUGCCUUCAAUGUUUGUACAAAAUGAAGCACUAUUGUUGUCAAUAUUGUUUCUGUAGCAUUCUUUAGGCACAUUUCCAACUCAACGCACUUUUAAAGAUGUAUUAGUUUUAAAACCAUUAAAGCUGAAUUCAAAUGUUUGAAUAUUUUUUUUUAGUUUUUCUAGUACUUAUUCAUUCGUUUGUUUUUGUCUUUAUCUUGUAAAACAUCAAUGCAAUUAGCUUUUAAGUAAUUACAUUUAUCAUUACAAUGCUUUAAAUACAGGUUGUAUCUUCAAUCUGUUUUAUUUUUUGUUACAUGUGAAUAUGCAAAGCAUAAUAUUUUUAUCUAAUUUACAGCUGUUUUAAAAUUAAUUUCUCAAUGUUCUAUUUUGAAUGGAUGUCUAAAAAGUAUUAUUUUAUUUGUUUAAAGCCUGUAGGUAAAUUAUAAGAGAUAAAAUGUGUUAAAACAAAGAAAGAUAAGACCCUUUAAUCUUAACUUGUAAAUCUGUUAUGGUUUGAAAUUAAUAGUGCUAUUUCCUUAAUGUUAUUGAGGUUAACUAAAAUUCAUGUUUUUCUUUAUUUAUUUUUUUUUUUUUGCAUCUGUUUAUCUGAAUAUUUUAUUUUACUGCCUUGAAUGUUAUAGCAGGUUAAAUGAAUUUAAUUUUGAAUGAUUACCUGUCUAAAUAUGAAUUUGCAUGAUAUAGAUGUUUGAAAAAUCACUUGAACCAAAAGAUGAAUCAAAUUAAAAUGAUUAAAUUUUUGUUAUAAAA